AGCGGGAUAGAAAGAGAACGCUGCAUAGUUACUCGUGUCAUUCUUGUUUAAUGACGCAUGCGCGCAGCCCAUCCAUGUUUACUUACAAGCAUGGUAGUGAAUAUGCCGGAAUUAACCGCUUUCGAUUUUGCAAAUGUUGUUCUUGUGUACAGUUUUUUUCCAAAAUGACUGUAAAGUGUAUCGUGUGCAAAAAAGAAUCAAACCGAUUUUCUGAUCGCAGUUUUCAUAAAUUUCCCACAAAUGAUACUUUGCGACAGACUUGGAUAGAGGCCCUGAAUUUAACCACUAUAGUGAAUUUUAAACAUAUAUAUGCAGUGACCAUUUUCAAGAAAAAUGCUUCUACGAUAAAGAUGAAUUUCGAACAAGAAACCGACUACUUACAUCAGCGAUUCCAGAAAUAAUUAUAGAACAUGCAUCGACUUCAUCUACAAAUGAAAUAAACAAUCGUGCGAUACAAAAACAAGACUGUGAUAAUAGUACUAUGAAAGAAUGUGAUGAAAAUGAAACUCCAAGUACGCCAGUUUCCUCUAGAGAUUUUACUUCUCCAAACCCCACCGCAGAAAAUGUAUCACUUUCUACUAAUGAAGAUGUUACUUCUCAAAGCUCAACGGAAACAUUUGCCGAAGAUGUCAUAUCACAAAAUGGCAGUAGCAAUUUGGACAUCCAAGCGCAAUCACUCAACACCAACACAAGAAAUGUUUCGAACAGUCGAAAACGAAGAGGUCUACAAUAGUGCUGCAAAAAGUUCCGAAAAAGUCUUGACUCACGAAACGAAAUUUCAAGUCAGUGAAGUAUACCAGUUUUUGCAACAAGAUCAUCAUGUCUUUGAGCACAGUUACAGCAAACCUCUAAACAGCGAUUGGACUUCUUCAGAAUAUGCGGAUGAAAUUGUUAAAUACGCUGCCGGUUCGAUAAUCCGUAUGUUAAAGAAUAAGACUAAAUGUAGCAAGUGCUGGGACUUAUUAGAUGGAUCUUCCAGCAGCUUAAAAUCGAAAUUGAUUGAUUUAAAAAAUCGUGGUGGGUUGCACUUCGCAUCAGAUGAUGUUAAUUUUAUAUGCAUGUACAUAGAAAAAAAUAUACGUUCUACAAAACCUUUUGCGAAAAGAUAUAAACAAAACGUUAAUCGCAGAAACAUUAAAAUCACUCCCACCUAAUGUUUUAGACGAUAUAAUGAUCAAGAUCACUUAGAAUUACAUUUUAAAGUUCAACGAGAACAUCUCAUUUUGUUGAUUAUACAAAAGUAUAUUGACAUGAGAUUAAAUCACGAAGGCAAAAUGUUAAAUGAUCAAAACCAAAGAGUGCGAAUGCAUAACAAUAAGAUGACUAUUUUUAAAGGAAAUUAGUUGAUAAGUCAUUAUCCUAACAGCG